UAUCUUUGAAAUUCCUUGUUAAUGACUUGAUGAACCAUCAAGCGUUGUCUAACAUUAGCUUAUUAUUAAUCUUUAUUAAUUACUUUAAUAUUUUAUUUUGUUCAACAAAUGAUGGUUCGUAUAUAACGCUCAUCAAUCAAAAGAAUUAGAAAGUAAAAGAGAGAAAAGUGGGGACAGCGACGGCUUCAGCAAUGAGCGGUAGAAUUCACAGCGUUUUCGUCUAUGGAAGCUUACUGGCAGACGACGUCGUUCGUGCUCUUCUCAAACGAGUCCCUCAGUCUUCCUCUGCCAUUCUCAACAACUAUCACAGGUUCAGCAUAAAAGGCCGUGUGUAUCCAGCUAUUCUAUCGCUUGAGAAUCACAAAGUCACCGGAAGAGUGUUGCUGGGAAUCACGGAUCCUGAAUUGGACAUUUUAGAUGCAUUCGAAGAUGUUGAGUACGAAAGGACCUCUGUUGCUGUUUGUUUGACGGACACUCCUGACGCCUACUUACAGGCUCAGGCUUACGUAUGGGCCAACAAAAACGAUCCUAAUCUCUAUGGAGAUUGGAAUUUUGAGGAAUGGCGAGGAGUACACAUGGAAGAUUUUGUGAAGAUGACAGCUCGUUUAGUUGAAGAACUGAAGCUUCCUGAAUCAAAGCCAAGAGUAGCUACGUAUGAAAACUUUUAUAAUAACCAGAAUGGUAAUAAAUAAAUGAUCCAUGAAUCCGUUGAUUCUUCUUCCCUCA